UGGUUUCUUUAUUUCCAACAUGAGAUAAUAAGAGUAUUGAUGACAUCGAUGAGUGAUCAGAGUGAAGUCGAAGCAGCAGCUCCACUGCUCCACGAGCCUCCAUCAUCUCUGUGUUUAUUGUCCACACAUCGGCGUCACUUUUUCACACAAUAAUCACCGGCAGCUGCUUGUUUUUGCUCCGAGACCCGAAACUAACGUGUGGAGCAGCCGGUGGACGGGUUCUGACCGAGCCCCGAGACAUUUGGACCCGUUUUAGGAGACAAAGAAGAGGGAAAAGUCGCCGGUCCGCGUCGCUCGCGGCGGCGAUCAGACGAGGUUUGGAGUCUCCGCAGACAGAAAGCCGAGACUCCCGGAGCUCUGCGCGGCUUCUCCAUCAGCACACACGCCGCAGCUGUCGGCUCCAUCCACCGGCGGCUUCCACCUCAUGUUGUACCGUCAUUUUAUGGCGUUAUAUCGGUGAAGAGAAAACACAAGUGUCCCGGUGUUCAGAGAGCACAGACAGGGAGCAGUGCCGGGGUUGAGUCUCCACGGUUCUCAUGGUGUGUUUAAGCACAGCCCCCUACUCAAAUGAAAUCAGUUGAGUCUGACUUUUCAUCAGCGAACACUAAACAUGGCAGAAGAAGCACCAGCCCCCGCCGCGGCUCCAGCCAAGGCUCCAGCCAAAGCCCCCAAGAAGAAGGCGGCGAGCAAGCCCGCGAAGGCCGGACCCAACGUCCGGGAGCUGAUCAUCGCCACCGUGACCGCGUCCAAGGAACGUAACGGCGUGUCUCUGGCCGCCCUGAAGAAGGCUCUGUUGGCCGAAGGAUACGACGUGGAGAAGAACAACAGCCGCGUGAAGACCGCCGUGAAGGCUCUGGUCGCUAACGGGACUCUGGCUCAGCCCAAGGGAAGCGGAGCCUCCGGUUCUUUCAAGCUGAACAAGCAGAAGGCUGAACCCAAGGCCGCGAAGCCGGCCGCGAAGCCCGCAGUUAAAGCCAAGAAGCCCGCUGCUAAGAAAGCCGUAGUAGCCAAGAAGGCAAAGCCCGCAGCGAAGAAGCCAGUGGCCGCUAAGAAGUCCCCGAAGAAGGCAAAGAAACCCGCGGCGGCGCCGGCCAAGAGCCCCAAGAAGGCAGCCAAGAGCCCCAAGAAGGUCGCUGCUAAGAGCCCCAAGAAGGUCGCCAAGAAAGCCGCUGCUCCCAAGAAGUCUCCCGCCAAGAAGGCGGCGAAGCCCAAAGCAGCGAAGAAGACCGCGGCCAAGAAGAAGUAAACUGUGUCUGACGAAACACCUGCAAAUACAAAGGCUCUUUUAAGAGCCACACAACUCUUUCUACAAGAGCACCAACACUCCGAAUUAUUAUCUUAAUGGGGAUUUUUACCUGCUG